AUGGUUGACAAGGUGGAGACGCCCGUGGAAGCCAUCAAGAAAGAAGCCGAGAUUCUGCAAAGCAUGGAUCACCCGAACAUUGUGAAGUUUCACGGUGUUUACUAUGAGAGGUGCUUUGUUUGCAUUGUCAUGGACAAGUUGGACGGUGGCGACUUGGUUGAGGGCCUGCAGCGUCACUUGAAGGAGCGGGGGCAGAUCAACUGCUUGGACGUUGUGCACGUAGCGUAUCAGAUGGCUGCCUCCAUUCACUACCUGCAUCAGAGGAAUUACAUGCAUCGUGAUGUCAAGGGUGACAACUACUUGAUGGAUCGCAAGAACAUGACGGACAAGCAGUGCAAGAUUGUGCUGACAGAUUUUGGCACUGCCUGCACCGCCACUCCUUCCGACCGACUCUCUUCUGGAGUUGGAACAAAGAUUUUUUGGUCUCCUGAGUUUUUUGACCGUGACUAUGGUCACAAGGUGGAUGUUUGGGCAAUGGGGGUCAUCAUGUAUGGCCUAGUAAGUGGCAGAUUCCCCUUCCGGGAUGAGAACGACGUCAGGCCUCCAGAUGGUGCUGACAAGCCUGCGGAGGAGCCCGGAACUCAGCAAGAGCUGAUCCAGCGCAUGAAUCGGGAGGCUGAAAGCCGCAAGGGUAAUGUGACUAAGAGGCAGCUGCAAAAUCACAAGCACAAAAAGUUUGUGGUUGCAGACAAGAUUGUACAAGGUGGCAAGGCUUCGUACGAGUGGUGGUCCGAGGAUCAGGCACUGUGGCACUGGCACUUGCCAGCCAUGUUGAGCUUGCGAAAAAAGGACAAGCUCUUAGACUUUGAGAACUUGGCCGCAGCACCCAAGGAUGACCCUAUGGACUUGGCUAUGUUCCGGAAGACGCUUGUGGAGCACAACAUUGACCCGAACCAAUUUGGUGUCGGAAAGGCAAAAGGAAUCGAACAGUUGGCGAAGGAGGUAGAAACAGGAGCAAGCAGGCUCAUGCUGGAUGCACAGCAACACAAGAAGUUGGUGCGAGUGGUGGACAUUGUGGUUCUGAAGCUUCGGCCUGAUGACGGGUCGCGCCUAUUAGUCGAGUUCAAGGAGCAAUUCCCUGAUGGCCGUGAGCGCGAGACCCUUAGAUUGCCUGGCACCAAGAAGGAGCCACAUGAGAACGCCAGGCAGACCUCUGAGCGCAUCUUGCGGGAGAUGAUGAACAUGGAUCCCAGUAUGGUGACGUUCGACUUCUCCACAGUAGAACGCCAAGAAGAGGAAACCGACUCGCCCUCCUUCCCAGGUGUUACCACUGUCUACCGCAAGGAGCUAGUUGAGUGUAAGGUGACCACCCCUGACAAGGCAUUGGUUAUGCUCUUCUCGGCGCAAGCCGCGCCCCGCGCUCCGCGCUCCGCUCCGAAGGGGAACACAAAGUUCUUCACCUGGCUGACGGAUUCGGAGGCUGAAAACAAGAAGGUGAAGCUUAAGGUACAUGGCUCGCAAAUCUCCACAUUGGUGCGUGCACCAAUUGGCCUGGAUGAGGAGGCCUUGCGAGAAUAUUUGGUGUCCCAUUCGAUUGACAUCUCGAAAUUUGGGCAUGACGGAACCAAGUCUCUGAAAGAGUUCUCCUCAGAGCUCAUCAAAGGAGAAACUCGUCUCUUACAGGUCUCUAGUGGCGAGAUUUUGGUGAUCACUGAGGUGGUGAUGUUGAUCCUUCACAAUCCUGAAACGAAGGAGACUCUUGUGCAGACUGCCCAGAUGUGGCCUGAUGGCAAGACCAGCUACCAGGCACGCAUCCCAGGUGCAAAGCGACGGCCUGAUGAAAAUCAGUUUCUGUGUGCUCGACGCAUCUUGAAGAGGCAGCUUGAGAUUGACGAGAAUGCAGUUCGCAUCUCAAAGGACGUGGGGUACAUUGAGGAAGACCGCAGCUCUCGAGGCUACCCAGGCUUGAAGACGGUCUACCGGAAGCGUGUCAUCAAGGGGGAGGUGAUUCCCAGUGAGGAUCCUCAGCACUUGGGGCCGUACAGCUUGACUAUAGUCUUAUAUAAUAGUUGUGCACCAGUGAGUGGCAAUAGUACACGCAAAUAA